ACUAAUGUAGUUUAUUUUUUAAAUAUUUAUAAUAUGUUUUUUGUAAAAGAUAUACCAUUAUAUUAUUGUAAGAAAAAUAUGAUUAUAUUUUAUUCCACCAAAUUUUAUGAAUUUUUAAUUAUCAGCAAAAAAAACCUGUGCGUAAUAGAAGCUAAAUUACUCUGGUUAAAUUAAUUUACGCAUUGUUGUCUUCCCGGGGAAGUUGAUUAAUCAUCUUUGUUAUAUAAAUGCAAGUAAUUUACUACAUGUAUCAUUGUGUUGCAAAUUUUCUUAAAAGAACAGUCUGUGGAUAAUUGUUAUAAUUAAAUUUCAAACAUUAUUUUUUAAUCAUGUUGAAGUUAGUGUUAUUAACAGCGUCUUUUACAAUUUUUGUAAACUCAGCUCCAGUCCCUCAGCCUUUAGAUUUAAUUUUUGAUCCGAAAACGUCCGAAAUCGGUGUGGAACAUAAGGGAUUUGAGGCCGUAGCCAAUAUAUCAGGACCAUUUAAUAAGAAAGGGUUAGACUUUUAUGUCAAAACUCCAAACGGUUAUAAAUAUAUGGGUCACAUCGAACAAGAGACUGUCGAGAAAGGGGUAACAGCGGUUAAAGAAGCAACUAAAAAAUUGGCCAAAAAGUUCCAGGCGAGUCUCGGGGGAUGGAAAGCUAAAAUAUCAAAUGUGUGGAAUAAAUUUAAGCAAUGGGUUAAAAAAAUUUUUGGUUAAUAAAGUCUCCAUAUAA